AUGGAGGGCGAACUCAAUAUUCUCCUGAUUGGCCCAUCGCAAAAUGGGAAAAGUACUUUUAUCAACAAAAUUCGACAACUAUCGGAGUAUGAGCCUGAAUCAGAAGGCGCGAUUGAGGGAGAUGGCUCUCAGAGCUGCACGAAAACUUGCAAAGAACACAUCAUGCGGUUUAGACGUACACGCUACAAGCUCGUCGAUAUAGAAAAUUCGCAGCAAAUCGACGUUUCCGAAGAUAACGAGGAUCAUCUAUUCCAUAAAAUCUGGAAGAGGAAAACGGCCGAAGAUUGCGAAAUAUUCCCACUGGAAAAAAAUCCCCGCAUAAUCAAACUUCGUCUUAUCGACACUCCUGGAUUAGAUGACAGUCAGGGAUCAGAUGACCGCAAUAUAGCUGAAGUCAUGAUGCACCUAAAGAGAUUAUCGCAGGUUGGGGAAGGUUACAAUCACCUCACAGCUAUCGUUUUUGUUCUCAGUUCAACAGAAGCAUUCUCGGGGAAGCUUCAGAAUCUUUACCAAUACUACCAACGCUGCAUGCCGAGUCUAUUUGGAGGGCUGGCGGUGGUAAAUACAAGGUUCUCAGUUGAAGAAUGGUUACAAAGAUAUAAUAGUAUCCAAAAGAGGCCAAAAUCCCUAAUCAAAAAGGUCUCCAAAGCAGUCAGGCCUGAUUCUGCCAGAAUAAUUAUUAUGCGGGAAAGGAGGGAAGAGUUCUUAAGAAUUUUUGGCCAGGAUGCCCGGCACUUUUACAUCGAUAGCGUCCCAGAUGACUUCCUCAUAGUCGAAGAACUAAUAACACGAAACCAUAUUUACGACAUCAUCAACUACUUUGCGAGCCAGAAUCCGAUGCCCAUUCAAAACAUCAAGUUGGUAAAAAGCACCACAAUGCUCCAAAUCGACGAAAUUCUCGCUGGCUGGCUUAAGGAAGCGAAAUCAAAGCUCUCUCAAAGAGAAACUGUGCUCUUGUGUCUAUCCGACGCCUCUGGAAGAAUCUAUUCCUCCAAGAUCAAAAGGGCGCUUACUCUAGAAAACGAAUUGGAGCAGAUGAAAAAGGAACUUGCAAUACUCGAUAAUGAAUCCAAAUUUACGAUUCGUACACACUCAACUGCUCCGCUCCAUAAUCUUUCUGCUCCUAAAGCUUUCUGGAAAUGGGCUGUUAGAACCUCAAUUAAGGAUAGCCUCAGUAUUGAAGAACCCGAUCAUCCAGGUUUUACUGUUGAGGCAUUGAAUAAUCUUCCAUACUCUCAGUGGACAACUAAAGAUUGGAACCAGGGUCGAACAGUUUGGACAGGGGGGUAUAGUGCAACCCCGGGCCAGAUCCCCAUUCUUGAUGCUGUUGUAUCGAUUUCAAAUCGAAAAUACUAUAAAACAACAAUUGAAGGGCUUAACAAACGCAUCUUACAGUGUAAAGAGGAUAUACUCAUGGCGAAGGAAGACCAGGCAUUUUUUAGUUCUCAAGAGACUGCGAAACCAAUGGAUCCAGAAUUAAAGGAAAUCUCAGAAAUUUUGCCCCAAUGCGAUGCUUUGAUUAAUCAACUAUGCCUCGAUUGGAAUUCUAUAAAUUCUGGACUGGGCCAAACUGACCUUGAAAGGUAUAGAAAAGUGCGGGUUGGUGGGAUGCAGUCCCUUUCUAUCGAAGAUCUUUUUGAGUUUUGUCAGAGCCAAGGCCAGCGUUCUCUCGAACGUAAAUUGAGAGCUGUGCUUGAGCCAGACCAAUAG